CCAUCGUCAUUUCCGGGUUUCAUGGCACACACGCUGCCGACGCUCAACAAGGGAGACAAAAUAAAAAACUUCACGCAUGUGUUACACGUAAACAUGCGGUUAUUGUAAAACAACUUGGCAGUAUUAAAAUCUAGAACAACAUGGUUCCAUCAGACUUUAAGGCCCUGAUCCAGAGGUUUUAUCAGCUUCAGUCUGAGCGGGUAGAGACCUAUCGACUAUUCGAAGAAGGACACGAAGCCUACCUGAGGACUGGGCCCCAUUACGACUUCGAACACUAUAAGCAGCUGGUCCAUGAGAUAACGCAGGCCUUCAGCGGCAUUUCCAAGGAAGUUCUGGAGAUCAAGGGAAGGCUUCAUCGAGAGUUCGACCGAGCUGACCUUUCUGAACACAUCGAAAAGCUGCAGAGCAAAGAGAAGCAGAAGCUGGAACUGACGGCCAAGCUGCAGCUGGCCAAGCAGCAGGCCCAGGAUCACCCAGACGAUGAAGGCUGUCCGGACAGAAUCCAGGAGCUUAAGCACGAGAUCAUAAAGAACAAAGAGGCUCUGAGUGAGAUCAUGCAGGACUUUAAAUACGAUUCAGAAGAGUGUGAUUGACAGCCGACUCCCUGCAUGUCUGCACCACCAGCCCUCUCACAUGACCGCCGAGGCGACAGGCCGCCGUGGCCCUGAUGCAUCUUCCGUCUCAGAGUCUUCAUCAGCUCUUAUUGAUUGGCCUCCGGCUCCGCCCCGCUCACUGCUGCAGUCUGAUGCCACCCAGGAGGCCUCUCCCAAUCUGCCUCUCUGUGUUUUUAUGUGCAGUUGUGUGUUUGUUUUGCUGCAUUGCUGAACACAGGAUUGUUCAUAAUGUAAUGAGAUGUAAAAAAAAAAAAAAAAAAAAAACAAUAUUAUGUCAUUACAUAAUUUUGUAAUAUCAAUUAUGUCAUAUUGCAUUUAUUUUUUUAUUACCAAGACACUUAAAGAGUUUGGCUUGAACUGUAUAAGUAAUAAACUUAACAUUUCCUUUAACAGGCAGUUUCAAAGAUUUAAGUGCUUACAAUGUUAUAAACAAUUCUUCUGGCUCUAACAAUGAGACAAUUUUUAAAUUGCUUAUGCUUUACUUGAAUAUCUGAAUGCACUGUAUGUUCAGAGAUUAAUGAUUAAUCAUCAUUGUCCAUGUAAUUUUCAGUAAAUUCCCUUUUAUGCCGAA